CCUGGUUCCCUCUCUUCUCCCCCCAUGUUCCCAAUCUGCUCUGGAGAUCUUGCCUCUUUCCACUUCUCUGGGGGAGAAACCCUAUCUUUAAGAAAAAGUCUUGGGCUGUGUGGCUUAGCACUGUCUUUAUCUUAUAGUCUGUAAGUGGGUGCUGGGUAUUGAACCCAGCUCUUAACCACUGAGCCAUCUCUCCAGCCCCCUCAAAUUUCAAUUUUACAUCUAUGGAAACUGAGGUUUGAGAUGAGAAAUGACCAGGAUUGCCUGGCCAGUCAGUCAGUCAGGGGCAGAGCCAGAGGCCCAGAAUCCAGCCCUUAUCACUUGACUGACACCGGAUCAAACUCACCCUCAUACCCCCACUGGGUAUUCCUGAACACUGACUUUCUUUGCAAGCAGAGUAAAUUACUUGCCUGGGGUUCCCAAGCCAGCCUGGAGGCAUUCUCAUUCCCCAACGCGAAUGCCAGUAUACUCCAGCAGCUCCCACCUGGCAGAAUGUAAACACUGAGGCUUGCACCCUCUAUGCCACGCCCACCCAGGCUGUGCCCGGCUUCCCGAGGUCUCUCCCUAUUCCCAGCUUCCCAGCAGGUCCUAAAUCUUUCCAGAGACAAAGCCCAACCAUCCAAGCAGGGGGUGAGUUGAGGGCGGGAGCAGGCAGCACCUCUGCCAAGGCCCUCGCCUGCCUGCCCUGCAGGGAGGAGCUGGGAGCAGGGGCUGAGGGCUGGCAGCCUUGAGAGCCUGCACUAGAAAGUCGGCACACUGGGAUUGUAGGACCUACAGACUCGCCACACUGUGCGCACCUCUCAUCUGGAAGUGUACCCCGAAUAGCACUAAGAGAGAUGAAUUCAAGUCCUGACUUGUCACCAAGUUCCUGAAUGCCCACGGCUGGACCUGUCCUCUCUCUGACUGUGGUGUGAAGGAGCGGAACCAGCGUGCUAUCUAUCAGGAUGCCUCCUGCUCUGAGAUUGAUUACUCCAUCUCCACAAGAUGGUUGAAUGGUCUGACUGGAAGCCUGUUUUCUGCUGAGCCUAACUCAUUUCUGCUGGAGCUGUAGGUGUGGCCCCCUGGCUACACGUGUCUGCUUUUAAAUUGUCCUCACUCCCAUAUAUCUUCACACACCAAAGAGGACUUCUCUUCUGUAGCAAUUCCAGAAAGAACUGCAGGGCCAGACCCUGUGUUCCUGGCCCAGAAUCGGCCAUGGGGGGCCGUGCCAUUGUCACUGACACCAACAUCUUUUCUGGCCUCGAGAGCAACACCACUGGUGUCACCGCCUUCUCCAUGCCUGCCUGGCAGCUGGCACUGUGGGCCACAGCCUACCUGGGUCUGGUGCUGGUCGCUGUAACAGGCAACGCCACAGUCAUCUGGAUCAUUCUGGCCCACGAGAGAAUGCGCACAGUCACCAACUAUUUCAUCAUCAACCUGGCCUUGGCAGACCUCUGCAUGGCAGCCUUCAAUGCCACCUUCAACUUUGUCUACGCCAGUCACAACAUCUGGUACUUUGGCCGCGCCUUCUGCUAUUUCCAGAACCUCUUUCCCAUCACAGCCAUGUUCGUCAGCAUCUACUCCAUGACUGCCAUCGCUGCCGACAGGUACAUGGCCAUCGUCCACCCCUUCCAGCCACGGCUCUCGGCCCCCAUCACCAAGGCGACUAUCGCGGGCAUCUGGCUGGUAGCUCUGGUUCUGGCCUCCCCACAGUGCUUCUACUCCACCAUCACUGUGGACCAGGGAGCCACCAAGUGUGUGGUGGCCUGGCCUAAUGACAACGGAGGCAAGAUGCUCCUUCUGUAUCAUCUGGUGGUUUUUGUCCUCGUCUACUUCCUACCCCUUGUGGUGAUGUUCGUGGCUUACAGUGUCAUCGGCCUCACUCUGUGGAAACGCGCGGUCCCCAGACACCAGGCUCACGGUGCCAACCUGCGCCAUCUGCAUGCCAAGAAGAAGUUUGUGAAGGCCAUGGUACUGGUGGUGUUGACAUUUGCCAUUUGCUGGCUGCCCUACCACCUCUACUUCAUCCUGGGUAGCUUCCAGAAGGACAUCUACUACCGCAAGUUCAUCCAGCAGGUCUACCUGGCGCUCUUCUGGCUAGCCAUGAGCUCCACCAUGUACAAUCCCAUCAUUUACUGCUGCCUCAACCACAGGUUUCGCUCUGGAUUCAGGCUUGCUUUCCGGUGCUGCCCCUGGGUGACGCCCACUGAGGAAGACAGACUGGAGCUGACUCGCACUCCAUCCCUCUCCAGGAGAGUCAACAGGUGUCACACAAAAGAGACUUUGUUCAUGACUGCGGACAUGACCCACUCUGAGGCUACCAAUGGCCAGGUUGGGAGUCCCCAAGAUGUGGAGCCUGCCGCACCCUGAAGUCUUGAGACUGUCUGCAGGGCCAGGCUUAGUCCCUUUGAGAAACAGCUGAUAGAAAAGGCCUGAUGUAAUAGCUUGUCCCACACUCCAUUCUUCAACCACCAAUAGAAAAAUAAGAUGGUGCCUGGAGCUCCACAGGCAAUGCUAAUACAAAGAGCUCACAUACCCACCAUAAGCAUUCCUGGGAUGGAGGAAAGAGCCAGGAAGACAGGGAGCCAACACUUGGCCAAUCUAGGAGCUGCAAAGUGAAAUGUCUCCCUGCAGUAUAAAGAUGGAUGGGAAAACUGGAUCUCAUUAAAGAUAACUGCAGGUGUCAUGAGAAGAGGCAGUUGAAGGGAUGAUGAGAUGGUAAAGGCACUUGCUGCCUAGCCUGGUGACCUGAGUUCAAUUCCUUAGCCUACAUGGAA